CCAUUAACCGAUACUUCUAUUUUUCACCUCCCUUACUCCUUACGCCUUACGCUUUCGAAAGCAACUAUACAACACAUAAAACAACACAAAACAAGCAAAUCAAGCAAUCAUGUCGUGGCAAGCCUAUGUUGACACCAGCCUGGUCGGCAGCGGCCAUGUCGAUAAGGGUGCUAUCAUUAGCGUCGCUGGUGACAGUGUCUGGGCUACUUCCAGCGGCUUUACGGUUCAACCGGCCGAGAUGAAGAACAUCGUCGAUAUCCUCAACGCACAAGCAGACGUUGUUAGCAAGGCCCAAGCAGAUGGUAUCCACAUCGACGGCGAGCGAUAUGUCCUCGCCCGAAUUGACGGCCGAAGUCUUUAUGGCCGCAAGGGCCGGACAGGUAUCUGCAUCGCCAAGACGAAGCAAGCAGUUAUAGUGGCCCACCACGGCGAGGCACAGGUAGCCGGAAAUGCUACCCAGACUGUCGAGACGCUGGCGGACUACCUUAUCAAGGCUGGAUACUAGAGGAGUAUCGAUUUAUCGAGGACACUAUAUGCCGCGUUGGGGGGUUGUAGAGGAGGCGCGCGUGUGGGAUGCAGAUGCACUAGACUGGCAAGAGUGCAUAUGAUGGAUGAAGCAUGCCGCGCUGA